AUGAGCCAGACUGUGACCACUCAGAGCCGGCCGGGCCCCGGCGGCCCCUACAAAGCCAGCCGGACUUACGACUUCCUCUACGAUCCGUUGUACUCAUUAUCCAGCGAGAAGGACCAUGUACAGACCACGUACAAGACACACGUGUCGUAUGACAGAGUGCAAAUGGUUCCAGAAUACCCCACAAUGUUCAGCGAACUGGUCCACCAUCCUCGCUACACUCUGCGCCUGCAACUUAAAGAUCCCGUCCCGCCGUUUAUCGAUCGCCAGUGGCGAGGAAGAGGGCAGCAAAGGCUGCUGGCUCUCAGGCAGCUGGCAGGAUCUCAGCCUGCGCUCACAGCAACCCAGCAACACGCGGAGAAUGAAGACGUGUCUGGACGUAACCGAUACAGAUAUUUUGAGAGGCCCCUGAUGCCGUUUUCCUAUCAGGCCCCAACCAACGUCCUCCUGGCUGCCCCCCG